AUGAUUUUAAAUCCAGCUCUAUUUUUGAAUAAAUGUGUAUGCAUUUACACUACUCUCAUUUUGCUCCUAUUAACGAAUGGUGGUUAUGCUACAUCUUCCAAUGAUAUCAGUUUAGCAUCAAAAGAUCCCACAACCUUUCCUCUAGGGUGUUCACCAGAUAUAACAACACCCAAAAAAGGACUAUCAAUGGAACUUUAUUCCUAUGAUUUUCGGAAGAAGGGUUCGUACCCAUGUUGGGAUGCAGCAUAUUUAGAUCCCAAUUACCCUAGAACUGGCUAUAAAAGCCACAGACUUCUAGCAAAAGUUGAUGGUGUUACCGGCAAUAUAAAUUUCUAUUAUCAUGCAACUAAAGGAUGCACACCCCAAUUAGGUCACUUACCCGCAAGCUAUAAUUACCCUAAGCCAUUAACAAUGACCAAUUUUACUAUGUUACUUUAUGGUUACUUCAGACCAAAAGUAACUGGCUUCCAUACAUUUACCAUAUCUGCUGAUGAUCUAUUAUUUGUAAAUUUUGGAGCUGGCAAUGCUUUUGAUUGCUGCAGAAGGGAUUCAAGCGCAGAUCAUUUCGGAAAUUAUCAAGCCUACGCCAUCUGGGGCUCAAAAACAGCUAAAGAUGAACUAACAGUACAUUUAGAUGCGGGCGUAUAUUACCCUAUUAGGUUAUUUUAUAAUAACAGAGAAUAUGAUGGUGCACUCAGUUUUACAUUUAAAACAGAAUCAAACGAAAACACUGUUAGUGACUUUUCAGAGUAUUUUUUCUCUCUCGAUGACACAGAGGAGGGCUGCCCAGGUUUAAUCAGCUACGAUUCUUCUUGUGCUUCUGUUAAAACAUCUAAAAUAAUUGGUAUUGAUUAUCAUACAGAGACUCCAAAUGAAAACUUAGUUCCAAUAACCAAAACAAUUUAUCAUCUUGGAAUACCAUGUACUGGUACUACUACUACACCCCUAUGUGGCUCUGGGUUUUACGAUCCACUAGCAAAUAAGUGUGUAACAAUAAACACAUCAUCUACUUCAUCUGUGACAAAAACAACUUCACAUACAACUUCCAAAGAAGUUUCGUUUCAUUCAAGUAUCAGUUCGCAGAAGACUCUAAUUCCCAAGAGUAUACCUAGCCCAUACGGACCAAUAAAAUCACAGUCUAUACCAACAGAAAUGGAAACAUCAUCAGAAAUAUCAUCAAGCGAGUAUGCUUUCUCAGAUGUGAUUAGUACACCCUCCCAUUCGCCAUACACGAAGAAACAUAGUUCGUUGAAUAGUAGCAGUUAUACAUCAACUGUUAUACACAGUCUUACAUCGUAUUCUAUCUCUCAGGGUAUUUUCUCCACUAGCCUUAGUGAGCAAAAUAUUACAUCGAAGUCUUCUACAGAUAAAUUUUCAACUGCAACAUCAAUGAGCAAUAGUAUUACACAAUCAAGUAUUAUAAUAUCCCAAUCCUCAACAAACAAUGAAAACUAUACAACGACUUCAAUGCAUACUUCCUCCGAUAAAAUUUCAACUGAAACCUUGAACAAUUCAAUUAGUACAACAACCAGUAUAUUAUUCAGUAAUUCCAGUACCAUAUUAAAAAAUAACACAACAAUAAUAUCCUCAGAUAAAGAUACACAUUAUCAUCCUGUUAAUCCUACAAUUGUAUGUUCUACAAACAAAACCGAAAUUAUUUGUGCUUCAAUAACUCAACCUUCAAUAUCUAAUUCGAAUAAUCACUGGAGCUCAUCUGUCCUAAGAUUCAACAGCACAACGGUUCGUUCAACACUUCCUUCAUCAGCAGGCUCUAAUGAAACCUCAAUAAACGUACCUUUCUCAUCUAGCACCGAGAGCAAUGCCAGUACGAGUUCUACCUCAACCUCCAACAGCAAAACGGUGCGCUCAACACUUCCUUCAUCAGCAGGCUCUAAUGAAACCUCUAUAAACGUACCCUUCUCAUCUAGCACCGAGAGCAAUACCAGUACGAGUUCUACCUCAACCUCCAACAGCAAAACGGUGCGCUCAACACUUCCUUCAUCAGCAGGCUCUAAUGAAACCUCUAUAAACGUACCCUUCUCAUCUAGCACCGAGAGCAAUGCCAGUACGAGUUCUACCUCAACCUCCAACAGCAAAACGGUGCGCUCAACACCUUUUUCAUCAGCAGGCAUUAUCAUGACCAGCUUAUCACAAAGAAAUAAUAAAUCGGCUAGCAGUUACGCUAGUUCUAAUUCUAAAUGUUACAAUACUGCUGAUUCAUGUCGCAAGGUACAUAGCACCCCAUCAUAUCUACUAACUAGUAGUUACACAUCUGAAGGUGUUGAUUAUGACUGUUCGUUAGUCUCAACUAAAUUAAAAAUCAAUGAUACUAAUUGCCUGAAUAACAAACAUACCACAAAAUCCUGUUUGAAAACUUCUGUUACUACAACAAUACCAACACUUGAAAUAAAAACCGCAAGAAAAUCCUCCUCCAAUACUAUUGGCCUCCAUUCAUACCCCACUUCCAGUCCCAACAAAUCAAUAUCAUCAGCACCAAUUAUAGGCUACAUUUCAUCCUUUAAGACAAUUAAAACAGCCAGUCCAUCUUACCAAACUUCAGAUCUCACAACUAUCACAACUAUAACAAGCUUAAACAAUCCAGGUUCAACAGCAGUGGAGAAUACACACGAAUCCAACGAUAAAUCCAGAAAGACUAGUAGUAAUGAUAUCUCUUCGAAGCAUAGCGUAAUCAAGGAAACCAAAGACGCUGUAGAAUCAUCGAACAAAUCACAUCAAACAAACACACUCAAAUGUAGUUCAAUUAUCAUAGCAAGCUCUUCACACAACAGUUAUGAGUCUUUAGGUGGAACAACAUUAACUUUGACAUUAAGUAAAGUAUAUUCGCCACAGAAUAAUGACACCUUACCAUUUUUGGAAAUAUCUGAAGUGAACCCAUCGCGUACAGUACUUCCUGAAAGUUCUAAAAUGAUGCAAUAUUUAACAUCAACAGAAGAGAGGAAUAAAACAGCGAGGAACACAAUAGCAACAAACAUCGUCAGUAUAAGUACAUUCCACUUCGAAGGAGAAGGAAAUGCUAUUAGAAUGGGAUACACUCAACUUUUGCUUAUGUUGAUAGGCAUAAUAGUGAUGAACAUAGGGACCUAA